ACUUUGACUUCUUUCUAUAUAUUGCCCCUCGUGCUUGCUCCUUUAGCAUGCUCAUCAUAUAAUAAUUAUUAUUACACAAUAAUAAAGAGAGAAAACUAAAAACAAAAAAAAAACAAAAAGAAGAAGAAAAUGAGUCUUGUUCAUUUUGUGUAUGGAUUCAUCUUCAUUAGCUUGUUUUUGUUAUGGAAAUUGAUUAAUGCUUGUUAUAUCUCACCCGUUCGAACGCUGCGAAAGCUGCGUUCGAACGGGUUAGGAGGACCAACUCCUAGUUUUCCCUUGGGAAAUUUGAGUGAUAUGAAACAAAUGCUCAUCAAAGCUAAAUCUUUAUCUUCUUCGUCGUUGUUGUCGUCGUCUUCUGAAAGUAUAUCCCAUGAUAUCCAUUCUUCUUCUCUUCCUUACUUCGCUCAAUGGAAAAAGUUGCAUGGAAAAGUGUAUGUUUAUUGGAUGGGAGUUGAGCCGUUUGUAUACAUAGCAGACCCUGAAUUUCUUAAGGAAAUGUCUGGAAAAGUGUUUUCGAGGAAUUGGGGAAAACCUAAUGUAUUCAGAAGUGAUAGGGUUCCAAUGUUGGGAGAAUGUGGUCUUAGUAUGAUUGAGGGUAAUGCUUGGGCUCGUCAUAGGCAUAUUAUAACUCCAGCUUUCUCUUCCACUAAUUUGAAGGGCAUGGUGGAUUCAAUGGUGGAAUCUACGAUCAAGAUGAUAAAAAAUUGGAGUACUCUCCUUGGUAACUCGAGCAAACUCGAACUCGAACUCGAUGUGGAGAGAGAAUUCCCGGUGUUAGGCGGGGAAACAAUGGCCAAAACUAAUUUUGGAAUUCAUAAUAGUGAAGUGGAAAAUACAUUGCUUGAAAAAUUAAGAGAAAUACAGAUUAGUCUGUUCAAACACACGCGUUAUGUUGGAGUCCCUUACGGUAAGUUUUUGAGCAUGAGACAAACCCUAAAGGCUAGGAAGCUAGGGAAAGAGAUCGAUGGAAUACUUUUAUCUAUUAUAAACGCGAGAAGAGAGAUUAUUGGUGUCGAACCUCGACAACACGAGGAUUUAUUGCGAUUAUUGCUCGAAGGUGAGGAUCACUUUGAUGGACAAUUGACAACAAAAGAACUAAUUGAUGAGUGUAAGACGUUUUUCUUUGGAGGGCAUGAGACGGUUGCAUUAUCAAUGACAUGGACAUCGAUGUUAUUGGCUAUGUACCCAAAAUGGCAAGAUGAAUUGAGGGAAGAAAUCAAAGAGGUGAUUGGAGACAAAGAUGACAUUGAUUUCACAAUGCUUGCUAGACUCAAGAAGAUGGGAUGGGUGUUUAACGAAUCACAAAGAUUAUACCCCUCAUCACCAAAUCUUCAAAGGCAAGCAAGAAGUGACAUUCAAGUAGGCAAUGUAGUAAUCCCGAACGGCACCAACAUAUGGAUCGACGUCGUCGGAAUGCACCACGACCCGGAUCUAUGGGGAAAUGACGUCAACGAGUUCAAACCCGAGAGAUUCGACGGGGACUUGUAUGGCGGAUGCAAAAAUAAAAUGGGUUACUUGCCAUUCGGUUUUGGAGGUAGGAUGUGCAUUGGCAAAAACUAUGCACUUAUGGAGUAUAAGAUUGUUAUGUCUUUGAUUCUUCGCCGGUUUUCUUUUUCCGUUGCACCGUCGUAUCACCAUUUCCCGACUUAUUUUUUCUCUUUUAGACCGGGUUCUGGGGUGCCUCUUAUUGUUAAACCUUUGUAAUUAUAAGUUAACCUAUAGGAUGUAUGUUAAAAUAUUAUUGAUGGGGAAGUAUAUUGUUGGGUAUGUUGUGUGUGGGCACACGCCUCUAUUCAUAUUACAAACUAGAUAUAAUUCUGUUCGUAGGUUUAUUAAGUCAUAUACACUUCUAUCUUAUGAACGUUGCGAUUAAAUAAAAAGAAAAUGUCAUAUGCUUGUCAUGUUA